AUGGUCGCUCAAGUUCAAAAGCCCGCUCCCGAAUUCUCUGCUGAUGCCGUCGUCAAUGGCGAAUUCAAGAAGGUCUCCCUCUCUGACUACAAGGGCAAAUAUGUUGUCUUCUUCUGGUACCCUAUGGAUUUCACCUUUGUCUGCCCUACUGAAAUCCUUGCCUUCUCUGAACGUAUCAAGGAAUUCGAAGCUUUGGACACUGCUGUUAUCGGUGCCUCUACUGAUUCUGAAUACUCUCAUCUUGCCUGGAUUAACACUCCCCGUAAGCAAGGUGGUCUCGGUGAAAUGAACAUUCCUCUCAUUGCUGAUAAGACCAAGAAGAUCGCUCAAGAUUAUGGUGUUCUCCUUGAAGAUGCUGGUGUCGCUCUUCGUGGUCUCUUCAUCAUCGACCCUAAGGGUAUUGUUCGUCAAAUCACUAUCAACGAUCUUCCCGUUGGUCGUUCCGUUGAUGAAACUCUCCGUCUUAUUGAAGCUUUCAAGUUCACUGAUGAACACGGUGAAGUUUGUCCCGCUGGUUGGACUCCUGGUAGCAAGACCAUCAAGCCUGAUGUCGAAAAGUCCAAGGAAUACUUCGAAGCUGCCAACUAA